GAAAGGGGAAGAGCAGGAGCAGCACUGUCCAGAACGGGUGGAAAAUCAAAGUUAUAGAAGGCGAGGAGAAGUGUAAAGAAGACAGGACGGGGACAGAAAAGGAGCCUGAGAGUCUGCACAAAGAGUGAACUGGAACGAAAAAGUUUGAGGCUGUGAAACAAAAGAAGAAAAAGGGGGUUGAAGCAGAGAGGGCCCCACACUUUCAGAGAGAGAACAGGAUGUCAACGCCACCGUCAGAAAGCAGCUCUGAGGAUGCCAGCCAGCGCAGCUUCUGGAUGCCUGGGAACUAUCAGCCCACUGUGAAGCGAACAGAAGAUGCCUUCCAGGCCUGUAAUGACAUAGUGGCGUGUUUCCAAGAGAGAGCUCGCGUAGAGAGGCAGUACGCCCAGCAGCUCAGUGAGUGGAGCAACAAGUGGAAGCCAGUGGUGGACUCAAGUCCUCUUUAUGGGUCUCUUCUGAAGGCUUGGCAGUGUUUUCUGUCCUCUGCCGACCGGCUGGCCUCCUUACACGCCUCCAUCUGUCGCUCCUUGGUGUCGGAGGACGGAGACCGGGUCAGGACCUGGCAGAAAGACUCCUUCCACAAGAAGUUAUUCGGAGGGUUUAAGGAGUCCCACGACAUCGAGACGGGAUUUGCACGUGCUCAGAAGCCGUGGGCCAAACGACUUAAAAAGCUGGAUAAAGCCAGAAGGGCAUACCACAAAGUGAGCCGUAAGGAGCAGGCAGCCAGGGAGCGAGAGAUCCACGCUCAGGGAAACCCAGACGUCGCCAUCGACAAACAGAAGAAGAUCCAGGAGGAGAGAGAGCUGGUUCAGCAGGAGGCCGAGAAGGUUCGUGCCCGCUAUGAGAAAGUCCUUGAGGAGGUGAACCGAUACGCUCCCCGCUACAUGGAGGAGAUGGAGUCCAUCUUUGACCAAUCGCAGGACGAGGAGCGCAAGAGGAUCGCCUUCCUCAAACAGGCCUUUCUCUCCAUCCACAAACACCUGGACAUCACCAACAACGAGAGUGUGAGGGCCGUGUACAAUGAGCUCCACAACACACUGAUGGCCAUUGAUGAGCACGAGGACCUUCGCUGGUGGAAGAACACCUACGGGCCCGGCAUGCCCACCGACUGGCCCCACUUCCAGGAAUGGACGCCUGAGAAGAAAAACAAAAAAGGGAAGAAAGAAGUAGAAAAGAAAGGAACAAUAGAGAGGAGUGCGAUGAUCGGAGGAGUGAGAGUAAGAGCUCUGUAUGAUUAUGUUGGCCAGGAGACAGAUGAGCUGUCAUUUAAAGCAGGUGAGGAGUUUUUGAAGAUCGAGGAUGAGGAUGAUCAGGGCUGGUGUCGGGGGAUGAAGGACGGGGGGAGCGAGGGGCUCUACCCAGCCAACUAUGUGGAGGUGGUGUAGUUAGGGCAUCGAGACUGAAAAUUAAAGAUCUUGUUACGUCAUAUGCUUCGUUGAAGUGGAAGUCACAGCCUGGUUUAAAGUCUAAAUGUCAGGAACAUAAAACCAAUGCUGUAAAGAACACCAAGUAGCUGUUAGCCAAAGCUCUGGUCUGUGAUGAGAGGAUGAUCUCACUUAGGAGGAUAUUUUUAGCAUACAGAGGUUUUAAAUAACUAUCCAGGUUGUGUAAUCUCUUGAAGGAUUUUGAGAAAUGUUUUAAUAUAUACAGUAUGCAUAGACCACUUGUAUUGAAGCCAUAUGAUAAACGUUGCUUUAAUGUAAAAAAAGUGCUCUUAAUGUACACUAUAUAACAAGCCAUUUUGUGCUGAAAUUGCAUUACAGGACUGCUAUUUUCCUUCAGCUGUUUUUAUUACUUUGCACCUCAACAAACAUUGUUAUUAAAAUGCUCACAAAGCCUCUCAACAUAUGAAGAAAGUGACGCUAAUGUGAUUAUAAAUAAUCCAAAGCAGCCGUACAAAUGGAGUCAGCUCGAUAGAAGUAGAUAGCUAUAUGACCUGUUUUUCUCUUCUGUUUUGUGGCUUAAAAAGGAACAGUCCAACAUUUUUGGGGGUAUGAUUGUUUGCUCUCAUAUACACAAUGAGAUGGGAAUAUUGAUAUUAGUUUCAUCUCUAGGUGUCAGUUACAGGGGGGAACUGCUACACAUUCCAGAAACUCCAAAGCCAUUUUAUUCUGCAUCUUGCUCACUUAAAGUGACUAUAAUUAAUAUAUUAACAGGUUAUAAUAUCACACUUAGGUGAAAUGUUUCUGUGGAUGUGUCAAACUGACCCAGAGACUUGAAGCAGCAUCUCAGAUCUGCAAACAAAAUUCAGGUGACUGUUGUAUUGAGGACUCAUUUUCUAGCUACUAAGAUAUAUAUCAAUGCCACAGCAGAUACUUAUUGGCUGGCAGGAGGUGAAUGUCACCGAACAACUUGUGUUGUGCAUUUUAAAUUACAGUAUGUGUAAAUAAGACAGUUUUGGACUGCUGUGUACUUCGGGGGGCUGAGGCUCAGGUGGAAGAGCGAGUUGUCCAUUACUUGCACGGUUGGUGGUUCAAUCACACACCGAACUUUUAAAAUUGCUCCUGAUAGUCCGACCAGCGCCUUGCAUGGCAGCUCCACUACCAUCAAACUGUGUGAAUGAGAAAAAAUUGUGAAGCAUUCUGCCCACUAACGUAGAAAAAUGCUAUGUAGGUGCAGUCGUUAUCCGGUUAUCAGUUUUGAUGGUGCGAGGGUCGAUGUUUCUUCCUGUUUUCUGUCUUUAUACCAAGCCAGAACCUACAUUACCAAACAAAUUUAUCUUAAUUUUGGGUCAUCCAACCAUUUAGAUGCUUUCAGAAAACAGUGCCAGGCCUAAACAUGUCUGAGACGUGAGGCUGUCUCUGCACGGAAUGUUCAGAGAUUAAAUUGAUAUUUUUCUUCUUCAUAAGAUUCUCAGUUUGACUACAAACAUUCAUAUUUCUUAGCAUGUCAGAGUGUUCCUUUAAGUUAAUACUGGGGAACAAAUAGUUUUCCUGCCUAUCUGUAAUCAUCUGUUGAUAUAUGUGUAUGUAUGACGCUUAUCAUGGAGGGCAUCUUUACCAAAGUAAGGAAACAGCUUCCAGGCACUGCUGCUUUUUCUUUAGCCUUCUUCACUAUCUGUGUAUGUUCUGUCGGUCUUUAUUUGUUAUAUAAAAAAACAUGCAUUUGCCUCCAACAAUCCUUUUUUUGCAAACUGCCUGUCUUUUGGAAAUAAAAUGUAAAAUUGUUACACAAACAAA